GUGGGGUUGAACGGGACGUUCUUCUGCUCGUCCCCGUCUUGACCGUUCUUCGUUUCCGAAUUCAUAGUCCGGUUGACGGACUUUCGACACAUCAAAAUGGCUCAACUGUCCCUCCGUUUGGCUUCUUCGAUAGCGAGACAAUUACCAAAUGCUUCGAUCCAGAUCAAGUGGCCUGCUGUCAGUGUUGCUUCCUGCAAAUACCAUGUAUCCUGCAGCCGUCGCUCUGCUGAAAUCUCUUCUAUCUUGGAGGAACGUAUACUUGGUUCUGCACCAAAGACCAAUCUUGAAGAAACUGGGAGGGUCUUGAGCAUUGGUGAUGGUAUUGCUCGUGUCUAUGGGCUUAAGAACAUUCAAGCCGACGAGAUGGUGGAAUUUAGCUCGGGGCUGAAGGGUAUGGCUCUGAACUUGGAACCUGAUAAUGUUGGUGUCGUCGUAUUCGGUAAUGACAGGCAUAUCAAGGAAGGUGACAUUGUUAAGCGUACUGGUGCCAUUGUGGAUGUGCCAGUCGGCGAAGAAUUAUUAGGACGUGUCGUAGAUGCGUUAGGUAAUCCUAUUGAUGGCAAAGGACCCCUUAACAACAAAUUGAGGUUCCGUAUUGGUACCAAGGCACCUGGUAUUAUCCCUAGGGUUUCUGUAAGAGAACCUAUGCAAACUGGAAUUAAAGCUGUGGAUUCCCUGGUACCAAUUGGUCGUGGUCAGCGUGAGUUGAUUAUUGGCGACAGGCAGACUGGCAAAACUGCUCUUGCUAUUGACACAAUUAUCAACCAGAAACGAUUCAACGACGGUGGAGAGGAAAAGAAAAAACUGUACUGUAUCUACGUUGCCAUCGGUCAGAAGAGAUCGACUGUGGCCCAAAUUGUAAAACGUCUGACAGACAGCGGAGCCAUUAAUUAUACCAUCAUUGUAUCUGCAACUGCUUCUGAUGCUGCACCUCUGCAGUAUUUGGCUCCUUAUUCCGGUUGCGCUAUGGGAGAAUUCUUCAGAGAUAAUGGCAAACAUGCGUUGAUUAUCUACGACGAUUUGUCCAAACAAGCCGUUGCCUAUCGACAAAUGUCUCUGCUGUUGAGACGACCACCGGGUCGUGAAGCCUAUCCUGGUGAUGUAUUCUAUUUACACUCCCGUCUUCUUGAGCGAGCGGCUAAAAUGAACGAGAGUCUGGGUGGUGGUUCAUUAACCGCUUUGCCUGUUAUUGAGACUCAGGCUGGCGAUGUGUCCGCCUAUAUUCCCACAAAUGUUAUCUCCAUCACUGACGGUCAGAUCUUCUUGGAAACUGAAUUGUUCUACAAAGGUAUUCGUCCUGCUAUUAACGUAGGUCUGUCGGUAUCCCGUGUCGGGUCUGCUGCUCAGACCAAGGCCAUGAAACAGGUCGCCGGUUCCAUGAAAUUGGAAUUGGCCCAGUAUCGUGAGGUAGCAGCCUUCGCACAGUUUGGUUCUGAUUUGGAUGCUGCGACCCAACAACUUCUGAACCGUGGUGUCAGAUUAACAGAACUUCUGAAACAGGGACAAUAUGUACCCAUGGCUAUCGAGGAACAAGUAGCCGUUAUCUACUGUGGUGUCCGUGGAUACCUCGACAAGAUGGAACCCUCCAAAAUUACUGCCUUUGAAAAAGAAUUCCUUGCCCACAUCAAAUCUUCACAACGGGAUCUCCUAAACACCAUCGCCAAGGAAAACACUAUCAGUGAAUCCUCCGAUGCGAAAUUAAAGAAAGUCGUCACUGACUUCCUUGCGGCUUUCUCCGGUUAAAGUGUCAGUGUGAAUAAUAUUUCUCUGCUAUGCAAGAGCUAUGUGCAAAUGAUACUCAUUGUUCUGAGUUUCUAAUGUAUACCAUUUGCACAUUAUAAAUAUUAUUACGAAAGAAUUCCACAUUCAAACGCUAAACAUGAUAGUCCUACACUUAUACGCAUUACAUGUUGAUCGUUAUAAACGGAAAGUAUCACAAUUGGUUAUUGAGAACAUGUACUUCUCCUGAAGAAAAUUCCAUUCAUAGCAGAAGUGGGAGAAGUAUGAGAAAGCGAAGAGUAAUAAAGUUCUAGAAUUUUUUUCAUA